UCACUACACAAAAUCAAUAUGAGUGCAGUUGGGUCUGAAUCUUUAAGUCAAAGUUCCAGUAAUAAAAGCAAAGAUUUAAUCAUGAAGUAUCGAGAGAAUAUGGUGGAGUUCUAUAAGAAGAAUUAUGCUUGUGUUGAUUCUUGGUUAUCGAGUGAAAACAAAAACGGUUUUCCUUUACAGGAACAUUUUUCCAAUUUAGAUAUUCUGAAAGGAGAAUUUUUACAAAUAGGAGAUAAAGGAGACGGUGUAGAAUUAAAACAGAUUUUCUCGAUUAACUUCGACAGUCGCGUAACUAUUCUUUUAAGAGGAGAUUGUGGUUUUGGUAAAACAACACUUUGCAAGAAGUUAGCUUACGAUUGGGCUACAGCUGUUCAACCAGACAAUUACCUAAAACAGUUUGAUUUUGUCGUGUUUAUUGAACUGGGGAAGGAAGAAGAAACAGAUUUGAAUAAUUUAAUCUUAAGUAAGGUUAGUGGAACAGAGGACUCGGAUGAGAGAGAGAAAAUUAAACACGCAAACUUGACAUUUUUUAUUAUUUUAGACGGAUUUGACGAGUGUAGCUUUCAACAAUCCGUUAUUAACUUCAUCACAUCAGAUUCUCAAGCCAUUUCUAAAAAAAUGAUGAUUCUUCUCACUGUUCGUGGUAAGAUGGUGGAUGACAGUUUACUUGUUAUGAGAAAUAGGUUAUUAGAUCUACCUAACGAUCGUUUCGGAUCAGGAAUUUGUAUUCCCCAAAUUCAAUUUGAGGAAAAUAUGAACUUGGUUGUCUCUAUUGAUCAGUUUUCAACUGUAGAAGAGGAGAUGUUCGUGAAUUUGGUUUUUAAGCAAAAGAACGAUCGAGCACGGAAUCUUCUUAAUCUUUUGAAGAACAACUGCUUUUAUGCACAAUUGGCCGAAUGUCCGAUGUUACUCCACGCACUGUGCUGUUUAUACCGAGACGAGCGAGUAGAAGACAUCAAGACGAAGACUGAUUUAUUCAUCCGAUUGUUCAAAUCUAAAAUCGAAGGAUAUGUGAGAAACAAUGAAGAAUUCAGCUAUUUGAAGAGAGGAAAAUAUUUCUAUGGUGAAGAUCUUUUAGUGAAAUUGGGGAAAACAAUUUAUGAAAAGGAACUGAGUGUAGCCAAAAGAGAAAGUGACGAUGAGAUUGAUUAUGUGGAAAGACUCAAAGAGCAUAAUAAAAAUAUUAGUGUUUCUGAAUUCAUGCAAAGUUUUACUGAUGAGAAAGAUCGUAAAUUUCUUCUUGGUAUAAAUAUAGUAGUUCGAUGUUAUGACGUUAAUGAGGAUUGUGAAUGCUACUAUAAAUUUCUUCACGAAACAUUUCGCGAAUUCGUUAUUGCUUUCAGUUUGAGUCACUCAAUCAGAAUUCCUAUUCAAGAAUUUUCUGGUGCCGAUUAUUACUUUCCUUCCAUAAAAUUUCCAGAGAGCAAUAACAUCACUUUAUUUUAUUUUGGUUUGCUGGACGAUAAGCCGAUUCCCGAUCAACUUCUGAGCAUUCUCAACGAGGAUGUUCAGCCUUUGACGCAUUUAUUAGAAAGUUUUAACGAAAUUAAAAACGAUGCUAACAGAAAACUUCUAUUUUCAAAAACAAAAUAUUUCGUUACCGUUGACAGUCCCAUAAAUUGUGUGAAAUUUCCUCAACAGUUGAAGAGAAUCUACUUUAUUAUAGAACAAAAAGUUGCCUUUGAAGACGUGAGACGAAAACUAAAAGAACUGCAGGAUAUAUACAGCCAUUCAGAGAAAUUGGACAUUUUAAUAUUUGUACACAUAAACUAUUAUGCUUCUUUAUGNAUUAUACCUCAGUAA